AUGCGCUUCGCGCUGGUGCUCUCGGCGUUUCUGCUGCUGCUGCCGCUGUCGCUCUCCCAGCAUGAAGUCAAGCCUAGUGGUGAAACAGCUGCCGAAGAAAGCAAGCCAAACACACUUCCACCAUCCAGUGUUCCAGACACAGUCAAACAAAGCACAGUCCCACCAUCCACUGAUAAAAGUGUGACUGCAUUGGAGACCAAGGGAAGCACACCCACAACGCCUAACACCUCAAGGGCAGUGCCAACCUCAGCCCAGCAAAGCACAACUGCAGCAGCCAGUGGCAAAGAUGAGAAACCAGCCACAGGCAACUCUGCUAUAACUACUAAAGACUCAAAGGAUUCUACAACCACACCAACCACUGUCUCGACAAAGCCUGAAACCACAAGCAGCCAGAGUGGAAUUAAAAGCAAUUCAGCUAAAUCUGGAACCCAGAGUAGCCACAGUGUGACCACAAGCAGUGUGAUCACUAAGGAAGGAAAUCGGGCAGCCUCUGACCCUCCAACUGAGGGUAACACCUCAGUCAUCAUGCCUGCUCUUCCUUCCUUGCCCACCCCAGCAAGCACUCACCAGCCUAGCACCGUCCCUGUGACUUCGGUCCCUGUGACUUCAGAGCCUGCAGGGAGCUCCUUCGAGGGACCAAACAAAAUUACAGCAGCUACAAGUUUAGGCACAAUGGCGGGUCCCACCUUCACGACGCAGGGGACACUGACCACACUAACACCAUGGGUUGCCUCACAAGGAACUCAACACACCUCCAGCAAGAUGCCAGCUGUCACUGGCACCUCUGAGGCUCUGCAGCCUACAGGCUCUUCAUCGGGACUUGGGACCACAUCUCCUGCCAGGGCACCCACAAGCUCCAUCACUCAUGUGGAGUCAACUGCCCCCCAAGGCUCCAGUGUCCCUUCUCCCACCUCAGUAAUUCCAGCAGGUGUGGGACAGAUACAGUGCGAUUCUCCCGAAAAGCUGAAUGAGAAGAUGCUCGUCCUGAACAUCUCGAAAACUGAUGUCUUGAAAACCAACAUCUGUAAUGCGACCGCUUCGAAUGACAAACUGGUCACGCUUUUGUGCCGAGCAGCAAAAGCCUCCUUCAACCCAGCUCAAGAUCAGUGCCAUAUACAGCUGGCACCUGUUCCAGAAAUCCAGGCAGUGGCAAUCAAACAAAUCACUAUCUGCACAAAGCUCUUUCCCAUGGACGUUUAUGAAUUGCUGAAAGACAAAUGGGAUGACCUAAAAGAGGUGGGAGUCAAUGACAUGCAGUUUGAGGGUCAAGGACCACCAGAAGAGACCGAGGACCGGUUCAGCAUGCCCCUCAUCAUCACUAUUGUCUGCAUGGCCUCCUUCUUGCUCCUGGUCGCGGCCCUUUAUGGCUGCUGCCACCAGCGUCUCUCCCAGAGGAAGGACCAGCAACGACUCACAGAGGAGCUACAGACGGUGGAGAAUGGUUACCACGACAAUCCAACCCUGGAAGUGAUGGAGACCUCAUCAGAGAUGCAGGAGAAAAAGGUGGUCAGCCUUAAUGGGGAGCUGGGGGACAGCUGGAUCGUCCCUCUGGACAACCUGACCAAGGAUGACCUAGAGGAGGAGGAAGACACACACCUCUAA